AUGACAUUCUGUCCAGGCAGCGGUACGCGAGCUGCUCGGGGGCACCAGCACUCGCUCGCGCAUGUGCGCGCCCACGUUCAUUGCAGGAGUGGCGCCAGAUGGUCAGCACGACGUCCUCCAGCUCACACCACGCGAACGAUGCAUGCACCUGGGCACCACAGGGCGUGCGCGACGCAGGCCGUCCCUGCGCGGGGACUCUUCGGGAACAGCACGGGGAGCGACGACGUCAUCUUCUACUUCGCCAUCGGGUCGAUGUGCAACCGUGAGGGAAUGCGGCGCCGGGGCGUGGAGUCGAGAGCAGGAUGGGCGGCGCGCCUACCAGGCUUCAGGCUGGCGUUUGACUUGCGGGGGGGGUUUGGCAACAUCCGGCCGGCGUGGGGGGGGGAGAUGCACGGAGUGCUGCACGCGAUGGACGCCGAGCGGUGGGAGAAGCUGCGGCAGAUAGAGGCGGGGUACGACGUGGAGGACCUCACGGUGUACCCGUACGGGGAGGGCGUCGCGGCGGGUGGGAACGAUGUCGCGCCACAGGGGGUCCUCCCCCAGGGCGCCAGGAUGUACGGCGUGAAAGCCAAGGUCUUCCACAUCAAGGCGCCGAUGCCGGACCAGAAGCCGUCCGAGCGCUACCGCCGCAUCAUCCUGGAGGGCUGCCAGCAGCACGGUGUCGUCAGCACCUGGAUCGAUCACCUGCGGUCGGUCGAGUGCCAGCCUGCGCGCCCUCGUGAGCAGUGGCGCACGCUCGAGACGCACCCCAGCGUCGACUGGCUCCCCGAGGACGACUUCGGGAUCUUCACUCCGGAGCAGAUGGACGCGAUGGCGCGCGUGCGGCCGCUGUGCACCAUUGGCGAGUACGUGGUGCAGGUCGACGCUGGAUGGAACCCGAUCAAGUACUUCGCGGCGUCCUACCUCAUCGGGGGGAAGGACGUCCCGAUGGUCUGCACGCAGGCCGUCUUCGAGCCCAGCCUCGGACCGGUCAAGCGGUACGGUGACCUGACGCCAGAUCACAUCGCCUGGGCGACGGACUUCGCGCUGGCGGCCUUGGAGGACUUUGGGGGCACGAUGACGGUCGUGGGGCGCCUCUCGAGACCGCGCCCGAGCGACAAAGUCUUUGACCUGUCGCUGUGA